UGUUUCAAUUAAACAGUUGUUUCUGAAACAUUGCGGUGUUUAAACGUUAAUUUAAAUAAAAAAGAAAUUUGGUGAUUUAAAAUAUAAAAAUUCUAAACAAAAUGAAAUUCACUAUUGUAAUCUGUGUUUUGUGCUCUUUGAUCGCUGUCAAUGAGGCCGCCAUUGCUAUGGCCAGAUUUAAUAAUCCAACUUAUCCCGGUAAAUGUACCAUUGAUGAAAACACUAUCUUGUCACCUGGCCAAAAGGGAAAAGCACCCAAUAAUCCCUGUGCUGGUAUAACCUGUAUGGAGAAUGGUUAUGCAGAAUUUAGAACUUGUCCCGCUGUGGCACCACCAAAGGGCUGUAAAUUACGUGACUUUGUUAAUACCAAUCGUCAUUAUCCCGAAUGCUGUGAGCGUAAAUAUGAUUGUACUAAAUUGAUUUAAAAAGCUAAACAGCUGAUGCUUAACAUUAACAACAUCAUAAAGCCUGACAUCAUGACGUACACAACUCAUCUCAUUUUAUUUUAAACAACUACAACAACAAGAAAACAAAAUGUCUUAAAACUUUAAAAGCUGAAAGAAAGGUGUGUCUAGCUUGGCUUGUGCCUUGGUCACGUUAAAAGAAAGAUUGUAAAAAAGCGAGAAGAAACAAUAAUAACUCACAUAUCAUUUUUAAUAAGUAGGAAGCUGUUUAAAGUUUUUUUGUUUAAUAUUUAAAUUGUUUUAUAAGUUUAAGUUUAAUGAAUUUUUAUUAUUUAUAUUUAUUAAAAGUAAACAAAGAAAAUAUAAUAAAAUUUAAGAAAAAAACACUAAA